AUGAUAUUAAUCCUUGUUGCGAUAUAUUUGCAAUUUGCACAGGGUAUUGUUCUUGAAGAUUAUUGUAAGAAAGAUAUGCAAAACACUCCAUGUUUAUAUCGAUGCGAAUUGAACGUGAAAUGUGGACUGCAGGAAGGUGACUAUAAAGUGCUAACGAAUGCUCAACGAGAAUGCAUACUGGAAGAUCACAACAACUACAGAGACGAGAUGGCCGGAGGGGCUUACGUGAAGAAUCACAUUCCUAAGAUAUCCAAUAUGAACGUGCUCAGCUACGACAAAGAGUGCGAAUUUGUUACCGGGUGUUACAUAAAGCAGUGCAUUUGGGCACACGACAAGGUGAGGCGCGGCCUCAACGGCAAACAGAUGGGUCAAAACUUGUACUCGAUGACUGCGACGAAGACUAUGACCAUGGACUGCAAGUUUCUCAGGAAUGCGCUGAACGGCUGGGUAGAUUCCGAGUUGAAAUACUUGGACGCAAAUGUAACGAAGGACUGGGGAACGUCCUACCAGGGAUUCAAACCUGCCGGACACCUGACGCAAGUGAUGUGGGCGAAAGUUAAAUACGUCGGAUGCGCGAUGUUUCGCUCCAAGAGGAAAGGCAAGAAGUACAACGUGUACGAUAUUUUCUGCAACUACAGUCCGGCCGGCAACGUGCUCAAAAUUCCCGUCUAUAAAGCUGGCCCACCGGCGACGGAGUGCCGCGACGGUCAAUCGGUCAACGAGUAUUACACGAACCUCUGCGGUGUGAUCAGACCUAUGAGUCAAGACCUGUAUGUAGCACCAGAUGAUGCACCUGAUAUGUGGGACGAAUCCAGUUCCUGUGUCAUCAAUAUUUCGCUCGCACCAGAGUUGAUCAUUAUCCUAAUCAGCUCCAUAGUGAAUCUAAAUUGUAUAUGA